AAAAAAAAAAAAGCCUUGGUUUCUGUAGUCUGUGGUGACGAUUUACUGUCAAUCAAACUAAAUUAAUUAAAGUGCAAUGCACAUAAGUGAUAAAAAAUUCAAAUAAGAAGAUUAAAAAAUGUUUUUGAUUCUUUAUUUUGCAACAGCAAUUUUAGUUAAUGCACAUCCAAUUGAAGACGGUGGCUUACCACACAGUAGAGAUUUUUAUGCAGGUUACAUAAAAGCAUUGACCGACAAUUUUGAUCAAUUAUUUGUGGCAAACUCGCGAGAUGCGCGAAGCACAGACAAAAACGAAGAAAAUGAUAAGGCUGAAGAAAACCCUGUUAGACGAACUGUCAAACUGCAAGCUGAAACUCCAAAAGAUAUUCAACAUUACAAAGAAACUCAACCAGACACUGUCAAAGAAAUGAAACGAUCAGUUGUAACAUCUCAUAUUAAAGAAAAGAGAGACGCUAAAGAUGAUGGAGUUGAGCAAAAUACAGAAGAAAAUGACAAUAAAGAAGACUUUGAAUCAGAUGAAAAUGUUGAAAAAAAAGAUAAUAUUGAAGAACAAGGAGAAGAAAAUAAAAUAGAGGAAAACAACGACUUUGAUAACCAAGUAGGACGAGAGGAAGAACCCGACGAAGAACAAGAUUUUGAUUCUGUUGAAGUUGCGAAUAAGCGACAGUAUAUUUUAGAACAUAGCGACUUGAAAAAUCUUCCAUAUAUGCCUUCCAUUGUUAGUGGCUUCCAGGACACAAGAUAUUCACCUUUGAUGGGUUUAGGUGGUUUUGGAAACGAUUUUUUCAAACCUUUUCCUAUGCCAACAAGUUUUGGAAACGGCCUACCUUACGGUGUUGCGUAUGCAAUUCCAAUCCCGAUACUAGUUUCUCAGGAUAACAGCGCUUUAAAAGGAGACUUACGAUCAAAAAUCAGAAAUAAACACACCCGAAGAACAGUAUUAAGCCCCCCAUUUCUAGUAUCAACAAGCUGUAAUAAUCCGUGUUUGUCUUCAUUUCAAUGUGGAACAAAUACAAUCAAUGGUCAUCUUCCGUGCUCAAAUGUCAAGGAUGCAGGCCUUUACACUGGUUGUUUAAAUAAUAUUAACAAUUGUAAUAGCUUGAAUAGAAUAUCUACUGGUUACUCUCUAAACACGAUAUCAGCAAAUGGAGUCAACGGAAAUUAUGAACCUUGCAACUCAAUCCUUCCUGACGAUGACAACUUUCAAAAUUUACCUACUAGAGUCCCAGUUCAAAUAAAGACCAGUGCGGAUCAUGCCUUGACAAAUGACUGCACAAAUGAAAUUGAAAACUUAAACUGCGGUCCAGUUAAUACAGUUGUUAAUGAUGGCAAUACAAAAAAUGUUAAUGUUCAUCACAUUCAUCAUAUUAAUCACCACCAUCACCACCACAUCCAUCAAGCAACGCCACUAUCAAACCCUCAACGAGUCGGAUUAAAUACGUAUCCAAUAAAUGGAGAGAACUACUUAAAUGAUGAUAUAAGAAAUGAUUGCCUGGCUGGUCCAACUAUCGGAUCGAGCAGAAUCAAUUGCAACAACCCUUGCACUAAUGUUGUAAUGGUUCCAAGUGGAUGCGGAGUGAAAACAAUUUAAUUUUCGUUAACGUUAGCUUAAAAAUAAAGUACAGCAAAUGCUAGUAGACAUGAAGGUUAAUCUUAAAUAAAUUUGAAAAUUUUUAUAACAAAUAACAUAGAAUUGAAAGUUAUUUCAAGCCAUUAAAAAUCAGUUAGCAAAAAAGGUUUUGACAUUUAGUAGUUUCGCGGUAUAAAUUUCGAUUCAUAACAUGAAUCACAAUUAACUUUAAUUGAUUUUAUUUAAAAUUAUUUAAAACAAAUAAGAAAACCAAGUUAAGUAGUUGUAAAUUUGCACUGAAUAUUUGUUUUAAUUUUAUUGA